ACAUAAAAAAGGAACUGAUUACUUGUCCAACUCCGGGAUGUGAUGGCAGUGGUCAUGUGACAGGAAACUAUGCUUCACAUCGGAGUGUUUCCGGUUGCCCAUUGGCAGACAAGACCCUGAAGUCUCUUAUGGCUGCAAACUCCCAGGAACUUAAUUAUCUGUGUGUCUUCAGGUGCCCAACACCUGGCUGUGAUGGAUCUGGACACGUGACUGGAAAUUAUUCUUCUCACAGAAGCUUGUCAGGCUGUCCACGGGCUAGAAAAAGUGGUGCCAAGGUAUUCCCAAGUAAAGAAGACAAAGAAGACCCAGAACUUAAGUGUCCAGUUGUAGGUUGUGAUGGCCAAGGUCACAUAUCAGGUAAAUACACAUCACAUCGAAGUGCUUCUGGUUGUCCACUGGCUGCAAAAAGACAGAAGGAUAGUGCCUUGAAUGGUUCACCAUUGUCCUGGAAGCAGAAUAAGCAAGAGUUGCCACAUUGUCCACUACCGGGCUGCAAUGGACUUGGGCAUGUCAAUAAUGUCUUUGUCACCCACAGAAGUUUAUCUGGAUGCCCUUUAAAUGCACAAGCCAUAAAAAAGGGAAAAGCAGAAGAGCUAAUGUCUGUUAAAUUGAAGACAAGUGGUGCAGGCAUAGAAAAUGGGGAUGAUAUCAGGAAUUUAGAUGAAGAGAUCAAAGAACUGAAUGAAUCAAAUUUGAAGAUAGAAGCUGACAUGCUGAAACUUCAAACCCAGAUCUCUUCAAUGGAGACAAAUCUGAAAACAAUAGAGGAGGAGAACAAACUUAUAGAGCAGAACAAUGAAAGUCUUUUGAAAGAGUUGGGUGGUCUAAGCCAAGCCCUUAUCUCAAGUCUUGCUGAUAUCCAGCUUCCACAAAUGGAAACAAUCAGUGAACAUAAUUUUGAAUCGUAUGUGAAUACUCUCACGGAAAUGUACAGCAAUAUGGAGCGGGAUUAUUCACCAGAAUGCAAAGCCCUCUUGGAAAGUAUAAAACAAGCAGUUAAAGGAAUCCAUGUAUAGUAUGCAAAAAUCUGCUGGGCACCACAAAAUAAUACAAGCGCAAACGCCAUCUGUAACGAGCUGGAGUAUGUAUACUAGCACAAAGGAUAUUGUUGAUUGGUGUGCUGCAUUAACAACUUCAACAUUGCACUAUUCUCUUCCCCAGCGGUCAUAAAACAAAAAUAUAUAAGACUGUUUGAACAAACAGCAACGCACUUAAGGAGUGUAUUUCAAUGUACUUAUUUCAGCUCAUUUUUUUCUCUAUUGCACUCUUUAUUUUGUAUAGUGAAUGUAAAAAGGUGUUUGCAACUAUUUUUUAUAAAUUGUAUUUAUUUAAGAUUGAAGGAGGUUUUGUUCAUACCUUUUAACAAUUUUUUUUUGUUAGGCUUACCAUAUUUUUACAAAUAUCUUUUUAUAAGUUAUUUUCUGAGUGGAUUUUAAAUAGAUUUUAUGAAAGGCAAUUCUGUAAAAUAAUAAUGAAAAAUAAAACUUGGAAUGAAAAGGAAAGUUACUUCAGUGAUAAAAAGGCUUCUCAGUUGUUAUAUUUUUGGUACUCUUGCCCAUUUCCCUUAAUUAUUAUUUUAAAAGUACUGUUGCUACGACAUGAGAUCAGGGAUUAAAAAUUAUGAGAUAGCCACCCAUAUUGAAAUCAUUUUUUUUUUCUUUUAAUAACGGUUUAUUUUCAAUUGAUGCUAGCAAUAACAAUUAGUAGCAUUUAGUGUUGUUUAUUGUAAUGUAUAUUAUUUAUUAUGUAUGUCAUAGACACUGGAUUUCUUGCUAGCACUUGAAUAAUUCAUAAAUGAUACCUCAUGGCCUUUAGAGUAUAGGAAAGUAAAACAUUAAAUGAUACAUUUUUUGUUCCUGGAAUUUUGUAUGCUUUGGUGGUGUAUUUGCUUACAUAAAGAUGAAACUUCUUCCACAUAAGAUGGCAAUCCUAGAGAACUCAAGAAAAUUAUGUCACAUGUUGUUAUUUUCAUUCUUUAUUGUAGUUUAUUUGUGCUGAUAUAGUUGUAUGCCUAAUUAACUGCACCUCCAUAGAUUGUGAUACACUAUAUGCCAAGUUCAGGAGUGUAUACCACAUUAUCUUGAUACUAAAUGGAACAGUUAACAUGUUUAUGUAUAAAUACUAAACAUUUUAUAACCAAGGACAGUUAAAAUAUGAUUGGAGUGCUUUUCUGGCUACUAUUAGUUUUCAAAAACUAUAUUUUUGCAACAGACGAUGUAAAAAACCAGCUAAACUGCCUUGUGUAUGCACCUUUCUUGUGCAUAUGUGCCUCAGUGUAAAUUAUUAGAUUCAAAUUCUGUUUUUUUUAUUGUGUAAAGUAGAUAUAAUUUAACUUUACUUGAUGUAUAAACUUUUCACCCUGGAGACCUACUGUUACUGUAUAAAUGUUACCAGCUAGAUAUGCAAAAUCCUUGGCUACACGUAGAAAAGUGACUAUUUAAAACACAAUAACUAUUUCAAAUUUAACACAAUAUAACACAAAAUUAAAUUAAAUAUAAUUAUUAUUAUUAUUAUUAUUAUUAUUAUUAUUAUUGUUAUUUCAUUUUUUUAUUAGGGGGCAUUUUAUAUCAAUUAUGCAUAACAGAUUUUUUUUUUUAAAUAAUACUUUACAUCUUCAUUCCCAAGAGUUAUUUUUAUGACAAUUGACUUCUGCACUAUUGCUUAUAAUUUAUGGUGACAUUUACCCUUCAUCUGCUGUUAUGUAUUAAAAUGUAUAAUACAUUAUUUUUAAUACAGCACAGCUAAAUUAAUGAAUUAAAUACCUCUGCUUUACUACUCUGAGUUUCAAAGCUGUUCAGAACUUACAGGCAAUAAUAACAAUAAAUAAAAACUUUGAUUGUAGACCCAUAGGUAGAAUCUUGAAACAGUUAUUUGCUUGAAAAAAAAUUAAAAAGAAAAUAAUCAGUGAAAAAUCAAUCAAAACACGUACUAUAAAGUAAAUGAAUGGAUCUGUUAUUUGGAAUACUUGGGACUCAAAACUUUUCUUGAAAUCAUUAAAAAUGACUGUCUUUCCCCACUGUGCUCUUGCUCACAAAACUAUUUAGCAAUACUCAUAGUGACAGUAGAAAGAGGCACCUAAUAAUCAUGCGUGGGUAUGUUGGAUAUUAUCACCAAACCGUUGCAAUUAUUAAGUAUUUUCUUGGUGGAAUUCUUUGAAUGACAGAAGAAUGAGUUUUCCAGAUUAUCUCAUAUACAUUUGAGACAUUUGUGAAGAUAAAUAACAUUGAAAUACUGACAGAAUAGCGAUCUUUGUGAUUUGCAAACUUAAAUUAACUUUCAAAAAUAAAUGUAAAAAAAUGAUCAUUAUAAUAAUAAUACAAUAGAGGGGUUCAUCACUGCCUUGGCUCACAGUUGUGUCUAUUGGCACUAGUUCAGACCCAGUACAGAAAUGGAAUUCAUGCAAUUGUGGUGGUGGCCAACUAUAAUAUCAUUAAAAGCUGAAUUAGGAGAGUGAGGGAGCUUCAAAUGUUGAGAUGGAGAGACCAGUUCCUUGACAAUGACCUUCUCACAAAUUCCAGAGUUUACAAAUUGCAAGAAGCUGAGUUAAGAGGUGGUAUACUUACUGUACACAAAAUUAUUUUUCACAAUAUUUGUUUUAUAACUAUUAGCCUAUGUGUCAUGUUUCACUUUGCAAAUUUAGAACUGGAAAUGAGAACUAAAAAAAAUGCUCAAAAAUAAUGGUGUUUGAGCCAUGUUUUCUAGUAAAAUAUGCAUUGAAAAUCAGAAAAAGUCUUCUAACAGAAAUUGGGUUAUGUACAUGGACUUAGAAAAAAAACCAACACAUUAGUAUUCCAUUCUACACCACACAUUUGCAUAAGAUCAUUCUGUCUGUAGUCAUCUAGGUGAUAUCUGAAAAGAAGCAUGAUUUCCUGUGGUUUCAUCUGCUAUUCAUACAGUAUAUGUACUGUACAUACAGUACAGACUCACAGGCAAGAACAUAAAAUACAGGCUGACAAGACAGUUUCUUCAGGUAUAAAGGGUAAUCUACUGCAAGUAGGAAGCUCUUACCUAAACAUCACAUGGCUUUUACGUGUUAAAAAUUAAGGCUCACGAGCUUUUGCAUUAUAUGUACAAGUGGGGGUAUUCAGGGAUGAAGCAGUUACUAAUGGAAUCACUACAACUGUUAAUGUUUAAUUUAUUACAUGUUUAAAUGUGUUCUAUAUUUAAGUUGAAUAUGAGAAAAUCUCACAAACAUGUAUUUAUUCCUAAUGCUUAAUUAAUUUAUGUCUGAUAGUGUAUGUUUGUAUUUAUUACUUUGCUAACUUUGUAAUUGAUGUGUUUUUAUGUACUGUGCACUGAUUAUAUUUUUUUUGUGUGUGUGUGAAAUUGCAUCAAUGAGCAGCACUGUAAAUUAGAUCAUUUGUAAGAAGCAAUGUAUGCAAUUUUAAUUUGGAGUAGUUUAUACGGUAUAUUGUGUCUUCAUAAAUUAAUAUUUCUUACAUUCAGAGCAACGAAGUGUGUUUUGUGCUGUACAUUUGGUGGAUGUUAGGAAAUAAAGUUGAUUAUGAAAUGCCAAGCUAUA